AUGGCGCCCCUUCACCGCCGCACAUAUCUGGAACCUGCCGUUAUCGGAGGCAUCGUUGGCCUCGGCUGUCUAGUCAUAAUAGGGGCCUUCUGCACGGUCAUCUUCUGUGUAAUGUGCAGAAAACAACGACAGCGCAAAAAGGCCAUACGCAAAAUGCAGGAAGACCAGAUGACACCGUUUGUGGGAUACCAAUAUACCGCGCCAGCCGGUGCGCAGAGCAAUCCUCAAGGAGCGCUGCUACGUUCACAAGAACUCGAUAUCCAAGAGCAAUACAGUGGACCUCAGGAAUUGCAAGGGAGUGGGAGACUGGAUCCUCUGCCUCCCCAGCAAAUUGAUGGAUACGUCGCAGCGCCGACUUUUGACGACAGGCCACUCGAACUGCCUGCUGGCGCUGCAUAUCACGGCACAGACACCAAACGUGGGAUAUAUAGAUGA